CCCGGUGUGUGUGUUUUUAGAGGGCCGCAUCGUGCUGCAGAUGAAGCAUGGCAGGAGACAACGAGACAAAGCCAGGUGACCAAGCCGAAAAUGAGAGCGCUAGUCGGCAGCCUUUCCUCAUUGGUGUGGCUGGAGGGACAGCCAGCGGCAAGUCCUCGGUGUGCAGCAAGAUCAUGGAGCUGCUGGGCCAGAACGAGAUCGACCACCACCAGCGGCAGGUGGCCAUCCUCAGUCAAGACAGCUUCUACAGGGUCCUCACCCCAGAGCAGAAGGCCAAGGCACUUAAGGGCCAGUUCAACUUCGACCACCCAGAUGCCUUUGACAACGACCUCAUAAUCGCGACUUUGUGGGACAUCAAGGAGGGAAAAACCGUCCACAUCCCUGUUUAUGACUUUGUCUCCCAUUCCAGGAAGGAAGAGACGGUGACGGUGUACCCUGCUGACGUGGUGCUGUUUGAGGGCAUCCUGAUGUUCUAUUCUCAGGAGAUCCGAGACCUCUUCCAAAUGAAGCUGUUUGUGGACACCGACGCAGAUACACGUCUAUCUCGAAGAGUGCUGCGUGAUAUAAGUGAACGUGGGCGGGACCUUGAAAGCGUUCUCGCACAGUACAUCACUUUUGUAAAGCCUGCGUUUGAGGAGUUCUGCCUGCCAACCAAGAAAUAUGCUGACGUGAUCAUACCGAGAGGAGUUGACAAUCUCGUUGCCAUAAAUCUUAUAGUUCAGCACAUCCAGGAUAUCCUCAACGGCGGUUUGACCAAGCGGCUGAACGGGUGGUUAAAUGUUUAUGGAACGACAAAGAAGCAGAACAUGGAGUCCAGCAGUCGGCCCCACUGAGUGCAGCGCCCCCCGACGAGACCAAGGAGGUGCUCAACAAGCCCAACGUGCGCUACAUCGUGGGUAGCAAGGCACGGCUAAUUUCCAGGGACACAAAAGGCCUCUUUUUCUUUUUUUCUUUAUAUGGUUCUGUUUGGACUGAAGAAAUGAAUCGAAGGGAAAGUAUCCCUUUCGUGAAAUUUAAAGCUUCAGUUAUAUAUUUCUCUUCAGUUUGUGCACUGUGUGAGAAAAGUGAUGGAGAUAGAUACAAAGGGGCUAACUUGCAAUUUAAUGAAAUGUUGCUGCUUUCCUUGUACCACAACACUGACGAAGCAGAAGCUGCUACGGUGUCUAAAUACGAUUUCAGAACACUUGACCGCCUUUAAGCAUACGACGAAUGCCGUCAAGCGACAUGCUCUUUAAAGGCAAGGCCUUACCCUUUAGAAGGAGCACUGUGUGACCUGGCGAACUCCCCUUGUGUUAAUGCAACUUUUUUUUUUUUUAUUUUUUUUUUUUUUUUCAAGCUCUGUAUAAUUCCUAAUUUGACCAGAACAAAUAGAUUUUGAAGAAACGUCUAAUGGUUUGUGAUUACAGAUGUUUGCGUCUUGUUGUCUCAUCUAAAUCUAACAAACUGAAUUAGCUAUUAGUCCAUUUGAACGACUGAUUCCCACCUCAAACCAUCUGAUGUAUGAAAUCACCAAAGAUCAUUUUCUGUACCAUCUUUGUGGAUGAAUUUUUUUUUUUUGUUUCAAUGUUAUGCUGAUUCAAUAAGAUGCUAAGAAAUUACCACACGGUGUUAUUUUUCCUUUUUAUUCCCAUAAACUUGAAUACUCUGAUGCGUUCGUAUGCAAGUUUAAUUUGAGAGACACAUUGGAAAUGGUGUUUCUUAAUGCACUGAGUUGUUUAAAUGUCAAGUACAAGAUGCCCAAUGUAAAUGUGCACUGUAAGUGUUUAAUGGGAUUUUUUUUUUUUUUUUUUUUGUCCUGUGUCCAUUUCCUCAUGAUAAAGUUCUCAGGUACUCUUGUUUGCUUGAGUUGACACAUGUCAUUUGCAUCUGAUUUAAAACAAAUAAUUUUUCGGACAAUGUGCUGCUUUCCUCUUAUCUACAUAUUAAAAGGUAAAUACCACAUGCUUGGCGCCACUUUGUAGAUGCCAAGAAAAGGUUAAAUAAUGAACCUACUUAUAAGUUACUGAUAUUAAGGACACAACUGGUCACAAUGUGUCUGUCACUAACUCAGGGGCCACUUAAGUCCUUCUUUCUUUGUGUGAAUUUGGGGGUUCAUGCAUUAUUCCGAGGUGGUCUGCCUGGCUGCUAACCUUGCUGUAUUUUUAAUCAAGCAAUAUUAAAAUUUGACUUUGCAACAUCAAUGCACAAACUUCUUGUUUCGCCACCAGUUUUAUUCCUCAUGUUUGGCAUGACCUUCGUGUUGAGAAUAAAAAAAAAAAU